AUGGAUUCUGACUCUGACUCUGACACACCUCUUGUGUCCUACGCGACGACGACGCCAGGCGCGUCAGACACGGCAACCAUCAAGCUUGAGCCAAAAGUCAAAGGCAAAGAACGUCUCAAAGCGGCAUUCGGACUCGUGGGCGAAAAUGAGUGGCUCGCAUGGCUACGCUCAGAUAUGGUGAAACCACACUGGCUAGAAUUAUGGAACGAUUUCUUGAGAAAUCGUAAGGGCGGAGAACGAGGCCCAGGGCUUGCAAUCGUGCAAGCAAGAAUACUGUCCGGAGAAGGCUGCGGUAAUCGAAAAUAUUCAGCUUUCACCAGAGAUAAAACCGAGUGGGACGAGGCGGACCACUACGCUUGUUUUUUAUUCUGGGUGCGGCACGAAAACACAUCAAGCAAGCAGGGAGUGUAUUUUAGAACACAGAGCUCUCAGGACCAUAUUGACCGCCUAAUUUGGGCUCUGAAAGACUGGCUGCGGCACAUCCAUGCGCCGUCCCAAAUAGGGAAGGGAGGGGGAGGCACUGCAAUAUUUGGCACCACCAGAGGGCAACUAAAGCGAACCAAAUCAGGGGUAGACAAAGGGAAGAAGGCAAAAUUAUUCUCUGAGGGAAACGGUGAUCCAGAUCAGACUACAACGGGCUCCACAGGCGAUGAAGGGUCCACAGAUGAAUCUCACCUGGAUUCGGACACUGAUUUGCUUAUGAAAUCAGCCAAGAGCGCUGAAGAACCCAAGGAAGCGGACAAGCCUUGGGAUAAGUGGGAGAGUGCACUCCAGGAAGCGGUAAUAAGCGAGAAGAACCGCAUAUGUCUGCAGAGACAAUCCCCAACUUUCAAUUGGGAUGAUAAGUUUUGGCUUUAUGCACUGACGACGACGGCGCUCAAGAACUGCGAGAGGUCGGUUGAGACUUCUGAUCAGGAGAUGACGAUGCCGACAACUGUCGAAGAAACAGAGGAAGUCGUCGCUGGAGCAACUUCUGCUGUGAUGACGACCCCUCAGAAGCAGAGUCGGAAAUCCCUGGAAGCAAAAUAUCAGGCCUUUGAUCCAUCAACAACGGACGUCUUCGACCCCGAAAAAUACCAUGUCCAGGAAGACCUGGAGUACGCAUUGCUCCCAGAAGUGAAUGUUGAUUCCACUGUCAUGGAACUGACGGAAGAGGGGCUACGACAGAUAGAAAAACAGAGGGAGUGGUUUGACAAUAAAGCGUACCAGCGAGAAAACCAUCAACAAGCGUGCGCCAACCUUAGGAUUCCCGCCGAGUCACACCCUCGACUACCGAGCAUGCAUGCCGGCGCAAUGCUAAAAUUCUGGCAACCAGUCGCAAUAAACGCACUCACAGUGAUGGCGGAAUCAGGUCAGUUGCGAGGUGCGAUUUUGGCGGACACAGUUGGACUAGGUAAAACAUGGGAGGCCAUAGGCUUUCUAAUGCACCAAUACACGUUGUUCGAGAAGAGAUACAUGGCGGCAAAAGAGGCAAAGUUGACGCUUCCUCUGGGAAGGCCGAUGUUGAUUGUUGUGCCCCCUACAUUGAUCGGGCAGUGGAUUGGCGAGAUUAGCGCGAUGACAGACAUGUUCAAUCUCUGGGUUUAUUACGGCGACUACAGGGCCUCUGCCGGACACAACGCCCUCGUCAUUAAUGGCAAGCUGACAAAGCAGGACGAGAUCUUCGACGGUCAACUACACAGGGCUAAGGAGUUAGUAUUAACAACUUAUCAGACUUUGACGAUUCGACAUGGCCCGUCCGCCUCAAAACAGUGGUGUGAAAAGCGCAAGUUGACUUAUGAUCCGUCUCAAUCACCACACGGCUGGGAUGGAUGUCUGUCCCAACUUUUCAGCAUGGCGGUCUUUGAUGAAGCGCAUUUAUUGCGCAACAAAGACUCGCAGAUGUCAAUAACAGCGAAAUGGAUGAACACGUCCUUCAAUCUUCUGCUAACGGCGACGCCGUUCUUUAACGGCGUCCACGACUUCCGAGGAUAUAUUGACUUUUUGUUCAUAAAGCAGAACAUAAAGCCGGAAGUGUUGACACCGGCACUGUUCGAUCUGCCACAGGGCCAUCCACAGGAGACCCUGCUCCUCAGCAAUGCAGCGGUGGAGAGAUUCGUGUUGGCAAACGGUGUCUCGGACGAGUUGGCAGGCACAAGACUACGCAGUAUUCUGCGACAGCUGAUGGUCCGGCGGACCAUCAGCUCAAGUAUUCCUUUUGUUAAGGGAAUUACGAUUGGUCAUGAUAUUCCUGGAUACAAGCGGAAGCUGAUCGCCAGCAACCUGGACGAUGGUGAAGAACUCACUUAUAAAGCACUGGAGAUCAGAUACCGCCGGCGUCUUUUCAUCCAGGACCAGAACGACCCAAGCAAGUACCGCUGGAACAUGGAUCGCCUGAGGAAGUUGACUCUCUUUUCAUCUUGGCUAGGGUUUCAGUGGAUUGCGUCAAGUCUCACGACCGACCACGUCCCCGCGGCAUUGCGCUGUCUCAGAGAGGGGACCUUGGUUGAGCGCUGGAUGGAGGCCGUCGCAAAGGGUAAACCCCUGGACGUUGAGAGCUCUGUGGCAGCCUUUUACAGGAAGGCCUAUAAGGCGUCGAAAGAGGCGGUACGACCAACAUUUAAUCUCGAGUUUCUUCUUCGUGGCUCACCUAAAAUGCGGAGCAUGUUGCCCAUCAUCCGCGAUCAGGUGUUUCUGCACAAUGAAAAAUCUAUCGUGUGGACAAUGUGGCCUGCCGAGCAGGUAUACAUCGCAGCGUGUUUGAACGAAAUUGGGAUAGAGGCUGGCGUUAUGCAUGCCGCGCUGGACGUGAACGAAAGGACGAAGUUAAUCGAAGAGUUUACCAUGCAACCCGAGAAGUGUAUGGUUCUGAUUUCGACAUAUUCCAUCUCGUCAGCGGGCUUGAAUCUGCAAAAGCAGUGUCGAAAUGCGCAUUUAUUUUCGCCCCCGACCUCCCAAAGUGUUGUCAACCAAGCAAUUGGCAGGGUUUGUCGCCUCGGACAAACCAAAAUCGUUUUGAUUUAUGAGUAUCUGACCGACAAUACGUUCCAAUGCUGGCUUCGUAAAAGGGGAAUGGCCAAGGCCCUUCCUGGAAUAAUCACGGACCUGACAUUUACGACGGACGAUGAGGAAGCUAUUAGCGCCCAUGCAUCACUCACCAGAUGGCGUGUUAGGGACGGAAAGUUGGUUUACCUUGAAGACGGCGAAGAGCCGCAGGUUAGCGACGUUUUCGAGGCUGAUAGAAUUCUGGAGCACAUGAUUGAAUCCAUGCUGGGUGCAAGUGAGUCAUGUUGA